AUGACCGCAGAACAACACAUUUCAGAGCACAUGGCCAACCUGUCAGUUCAGGAUUCGGAGCAUUUGGAAGAACUGAUCGAAAGUGCCCGUUACGGCGAGUUGGAGGAGAUCCAGGCUGUUGUCCAGACCUCGGGACCCGAGAAGGCCAAGGUGCUCUUGUCCCACAAGGGUGACUAUGGCAAGACCCCCCUUCAUAUGGCCGCCGCCAACGGACAUCUCGAUGUUGUUGAAUACUUGAUCUCGAUUAUUUCACCAGAGGCUAUCAACAUUCAGAACGAUCAGGGAAACACUGCACUUCACUGGGCUGCUACCAACGGACAUGCCAAGGUCAUCGAGACCUUGAUCACCAAGGGCAAGGCCGACUACAAGCUCAAGAACGCUGCUGAUCACACUGCCAUGAUGGAGGCUGAGAUGAAUGAGCGCGAGCAGGUUGUCGCCUGGAUGUUGAUCAACACCGAGUUGGAGGAGGAAAUCAAGGAAGGAAACGAUGAUGAUGAUGAGGAUGAGGAGGAGACUUCGUCGGAUGAGGAGGAAGAAGAGGAGAAGAAGAUUGAGGGUUCUUCAACAAAAGCAUAG